UCCGGGAUUCAGAAAAUUAGGGACCCAAGGGCCUGGAAUGGUGGGGCGAGCAGGAAUCAGGGGCCCUGGAGGGCCCAAGAAUCAGGAACACUGAAAACAUGUGCGGGUGCUGUGCCAGGACCUGGUGACCAGAGACCAGAACCUGAGGCCAGGCAGGCUGGUGGCACUGGUUUGAGGGGAAUGGGGCCUCCAUCCUACCCACGAAGCCUCGAGGGCAAGAGUCACGGAUCUGAGGCCUGAGGGGAUAUAAACAGCACCCCUACUCCCCAUGCCCUGUGGCUUCUCCAGAUGUGGAAUUUACCUGGCCCUUCUGAUGGAAGACCCUGCUCUUCUCCACCUGGUUGCUUCAGGCAGCUGUGCUCUGGGUCAGAAUGUGGAACCCCAGAGUCCUCAGGAUUAGAUGUAGAAUCUAACUUCUCCAGGAGUUCCAGAAUUCUAAGAUCCUAGCAUGUGGUUCUGGCCUGAGCCCAGUAGGAGCCAGUAUGGUGGUGGAGGGAAUGAGGGCCAAGCCUCAUAAGGGCCAAGUAUGAGGGUGAAAACCCAGUGGAUAAGGUCCUGGAAGCCAGAGCAGGAAGCAAAGCUGGUUCCGUUAUCCUUGCUGCCCUCUCUGCCUGGCACUCCCUGGGUGGGGUUGAACUGCCGUAAGCUCCCAUCCUUGCCAGAGUUGGAAAGAUGCCACUGCUCUCUCCCCAUUGCUUAACCUAUGGGCUGGGGCAGAAGGGCUGUCUUGGAUGCUGUGCGCAUGCUCAACACCCUGCAGACCAAUGCCAGCUACCUGGAGCAGGUGAAGCGUGAACGGGGUGAUCCACAGACACAGCUGGAAGCCAUGGAGGUGUACCUGGCACGGAGUGGGUUGCAGGUGGAGGACUUGGACCAACUGAAUAUCAUACAUGUCACUGGGACCAAGGGGAAGGGCUCCACCUGUGCCUUCACUGAACAUAUCCUCCGGAAUUAUGGCCUGAAGACAGGAUUCUUUAGCUCUCCCCACCUGGUGCAGGUGCGUGAGCGGAUCCGCAUCAAUGGGCAGCCCAUCAGCCCUGAGCUCUUCACCAAGCACUUCUGGCGCCUCUAUCACCAGCUGGAGAAGACCAAGGAUGGCAGCUGUGUCUCCAUGCCCGCCUACUUCCGCUUCCUCACACUCAUGGCCUUCCACGUCUUUCUCCAAGAGAAGGUGGACCUGGCAGUGGUGGAGGUGGGCAUCGGCGGGGCUUACGACUGCACCAACAUCAUCAGGAAACCUGUGGUGUGUGGAGUGUCCUCUCUCGGCAUCGACCACACCAGCCUUCUGGGGGACACAGUGGAGAAGAUUGCAUGGCAGAAAGGGGGCAUAUUUAAGCAUGCCGUCCCUGCCUUCACCGUGCUCCAGCCAGAGGGUCCCCUGGCUGUGCUGAGGGAUCGAGCCCAGCAGAUCUCAUGUCCUCUCUACCUGUGCCCUCCACUGGAAGCCCUGGAGGAAGGGGGGCAGCCACUGACCCUGGGCCUGGAGGGAGAGCACCAGCGGUCCAACGCGGCCUUGGCUUUGCAGCUGGCGCACUGCUGGCUGCAGUGGCGGGACCACCAGGACGUCGGGAAGCUGAAGGUGUCCAGACCAAGUGUGCCAUGGCCGCUGCCCCUGGCACCCGUGUUCCAGCCCACAUCCCACAUGCGGCACGGGCUUCGGGACACUGAGUGGCCAGGCCGGACGCAAGUGCUGCGGCGGGGGCCCCUCACCUGGUACCUGGACGGGGCGCACACCACCAGCAGUGUGCAGGCCUGCGUGCGUUGGUUUCGCCAGGCCCUGCAGCGCAGUGAGAGGCCCAACUGUGGGCCUGAGGUGCGGGUCUUGCUCUUCAACUCCACUGGCGACAGGGACCCCGCAGCCCUACUGAAGCUGCUGCAGCCCUGCCAGUUUGACUAUGCUGUCUUCUGCCCCAACCUGACAGAGGUGGCAUCCACAGACAAUGCAGACCAGCAGAACUUCAUGGUGACCUUGGACCAGGUGCUGCUCCGCUGCCUCCAACACCAGCAACACUGGAGCUGCCUGGAUGAGGAGCAGGCCCGCCGGGACCUCUGGCGGCCCUCCAGCCUGGAGCCUGGCGGCCCGGCACCCCUGCGGCUGGCCCCACGCGGCCCUCGACCCUGCAGCUCCAGCUCCCUGGUCUUCAGCUGCAUCUCCCACGCCUUGCAGUGGAUCAGCCAAGGCCGGGACCCCAUCUUCCAGCCACCCAGCCUCCCAAGGGGCCUCCUUGCCCACCCCACGGCAAGCAACGGGGCCAGUGUGCUCCGCGAGGCUACUGCGAUCCACGUGCUGGUCACGGGCAGCCUGCACCUUGUGGGCGGUGUCCUGAAGCUGUUGGAGCCCUCCUUGACCCAGUAGCCAAGGUGGUGGGGUUGGGGGUGGGAGCCUCCCACACCUGCCCCGGCUUAGCACCACGAACUUACACCAGGUGCCUUUUGAUUUCUGCUUUCCUGAUUGGGAGACUAACCCAGGCUGUGGGUGUUGGAGUGGGAAUGUCCUGUCCCUGGGGUCCUGUACCUUGUUUGUAGCCAGGACAGCAGGGCUUCCAGGGCCCCAAUGGUUGUAGGAGGCCUGCAGCUCAGCCCAUUUCCCUGCAACCCCACCUGCCUCCUGGCUCAGACUCAGCUCAUGGAGUGAGUUGCCUGGCCAUGCUUAGGGUUCUGCUUGGGGCUGGGCACUAUCUUUCCUUCUCCCAGGGCCUCUGGAGAAGGAGAGAACCCCUGCCUUGGGCACCCUGGGAAAGAGCAUGGCUGGAGUAAAUUAAACCCUGUCAAUUUUUUUUUAAUGGAAAAA